CGAAGCUCAGACUCUGGCAUAGGAUCGGGAACGUUGGAAGCACUGUCUGACGCGUCUGCCUCCGCGAUCCGGAAGGAGAAGCGGCGAUGGAAGUUGAUGAAGAUGAAGAUGAAUGAGGUGACGCUUGGACCACAGUGUUGCGUGCCUGUUUCGUUCCGACCACAUCCGUGUUUCGACAUCGGUUAUAAAAACGGCCAGAACCGAGAAUUUCUGUGCCAGGAACCGCACGCGCAGAAGUGCAACUCAGCCAGCAUCUCGACUAAUUUGUCGUGA